AUGCUCACCUACGGCACGUAUCUAGGGCACAUGUUGCUUGAAGAGAAUUUGCAAAAGGCAUUUGGAACUGGAGGCGUGCCCUGGGGCAAGUCGCUGUCUUGGAUGUCAUGGUUCAAUUUUUGGGCCCUGGCAGUAGCCGAUGAUAUUCGAAUCGGCAUGGUAUUUCUUUUGGCGGCAAUGACGGCUCCAUUAGCAUUCGGGUUUUUGGUUUAUCAUAUCUAUCUCGUAUGGGCAGGCACCACCACCAACGAGACAGCCAAGUGGGACGAUUGGAAGGAAGAUAUUGCAUAUGGCGCUGUUUACAAGGCCAAGAGAAGCCAAGUCUACAAGACACCAAGGCCGCGAGACGAAUCGAUUGAGCCGAAAGCGUGUGAUGAACAGGCUCCUGUUGAUCCGAGGUUCACCCCAGUCCGGAGCCUUCAAUCUGUGGAAAAUUUUAUGUCGUCGGAAAAGCCCUCCGUGGAGCACGAGCAAAAAUGCUCUCCGGCAGAGCUCCUGCUCAAAGUUAUCCUUGCCGGUACGCUGAGCCAUUACGAGACUCGAGGCAUGAUUGACGACAAACAGCUCGAACAAAUGUUGGCUGCAGGGAAAAAGAUUGUUUCAAAAACUCGGAAUGAAAUGGAUACUCGACAGAGCUUAGCAGUUUCACCCGACGUUUGGCAAGGUCUUACUGAUGUCCUUACCAAAGCCAUUCCACAUCUCGAAUCACAGUCUUUCGCUUGGAAAAGUCCGCCCACUUCGACUUACGAACAAUCGUCUUCGAAUCUUAUAGCAUACAACUACUUCAGCCUGAUCAAAGACAUUGAGCGAUUACGUGAUUUAUGUACCAUAGCUAGAAAUCUCCUCGCAACAACGAAUAGAGCGCAAAAUCUAGCGGCAGAGAAAGGAUUCGACCAGCGGAUACUAGCAUUAAUCGACACAUGCGUCAGAGUUACGGCGCGAGGCUUCGAUGGAGAAUCAAAUGCGAGAAACGAAGAACGCUGGCAGAAAGUGGUAAAUUUAUACAAAAGCCUAUUGAUCAUAUGCCUACAAUUCUUGAACAAUUUCAUCAUGCAAAACGAACAACGCAAACUUGUGCUCUGGUUGGACCUUUUCGGAUAUCACUCGAAUGGCGAUUAUAAGGUUAUUAUGCCUGGUGAACCUUUGGACCCAGCCAGCCCUAUGCCACAGGGUGUUGCACCGGUUGUGCGAACUGGCGAGCGACUUAUAGGAUCUUUGAGAGGUGAACAAACGGCUGAAGAUCUGUUGAUUGAGGCUCUCUCUAGGUUCCCCCUGGAACCUGCAAAUAUGAAGCAAGAAGCUUCGAUGCUACUACUUGCGCAAGUCAAAGAUCAUAUGGAGAAGAUACUUGGUCGGAGUUUGAAAGAGAUUCAAGAAAUGAAUAAAGAUCCGGAACAAGCUAAAGAGAUACGGGCUGCCUUGACCACAAUCCUUGGUAACAAAGCGGACGAGAUGAAGACCUUGACGGGACGAACCCAGGAUUUUACGGAGCAGGAUGAGGAGACAAGACGACAACAUAUAUUGUGUAUUGAUAGAGGUGCUACGACAGGAUAUCCACGCGUGUGUUGGGCAGAUUUUCCAGACUUCGAAAGAUUCAAGGCCAUCACAGCAGAUGGUCCUCUAAGCGAAGAAGAGACCAGCAUACCGCGAUCCUAUCAAUCGGGUGCCGAUGCGUUGCAAAUAGCAAAAGAAGAACUAAUGGCACGCGCACAGGAGGCAUCCCAGGUUCUGGGGGAGGAUGAUGAACAUUAUGAUCACGAUGAUGGGUAUGCUGAAGAUGACGGCCACAGCCUUGAUGACGGCGCCGAGGGCAGUCUUGACGAGGAAGAAGAAGAGGAUGACGACGAUGAUGAUUAUCGUGGAAGACCAGGUGAUCAACAACGAGGACUAUUAACAGAUAUUCCUCUCGUCCUGGGCCCCGCCGAGAUAGAAGCUCUUCCGAUGAUCAUCAAGGCUGGAAUCAUAGAUGCAGCGGCGACAAAGAGCGCGGAGCGUGAGGUCAUCAACAAUAUGCAAGCGAUUCGUUGCCACGUAUUGCUAACACAGGAUACCGGUCGCAAUUUGCUUCGAGAAUUGCUUAUUUUCAUCGCCGCUUGGGACUUGCCAGACGACGAAGUCUAUUUCCAGUUCAUGGUUCAGAUAAUGGAGGCCAUUCUGAAAAACGGCUUGAUGUCUCAUGCAUACGCAGACUUCGGUCAGCAAAAAGACAUCAUAUCGCCAGCACAGGCUGUAGUGAUCAAGAUCUUGACCCAUAUCUUCCGCAAUAAGUACUCACCAGCCUCUUCAAACGACGGUCAAUCUACCGAAACCAAACAACCGCCGCCACUGUCACGAGUGGAUGUGCUUACAGUACGGUAUAUCUUUUCCAUUUUCCGUGGCACUAUCAUACCAGAGACGUGCGGUCUCAUCUACCUGCAAGGCCAAAUCCGUGCAGGCAGAGCGCUGCCGGAAGACUUUCCUCUCAAUCUAUGGGAUAUGGAGAGGGUUUACGAGGGAGUAUACCAGUUCCUUGAGUUCUUCGCAGUAUUGACGGAAAACAAUGACUGGAAGAACUUGAUUGUAAAGUGGGAAAUUGUCUACGAUCUCGUCACACUGAUCAAGGAAUUGGACGCAAACAUUCCCAAGGGCCCGCUUAGCGCUAUGGUCACGUCGAAUCCAACAGGGUCGACAAACGCGACGACCGCCUCGACCAACAACCCAACCGAUCCCGCCACUGACAGCCAGCAGCAMCCCGCCCCUCCAGUCGCCGUAGAGCGGCCCUACGACCCAACAGACGUUGAUCCCGUGGAUGAGAAUAUCGACGAGACUGGCUCUCGGGCCGAAUCACCACCUAUAACCGAGGAUCCAUGCGAAUUUGAAUGGCGCAAUCUCAAGAAACUCAUCGUCCUAGUUCUAUCAUCUCUCGUAUGGCGAUGCCCUGAAGUUCAGAACCAGAUCCGCAAACACGGCGGUGUCGAAGCUAUAUUGUCUUGCACCAGCUUUGAUGCGCAUAAUCCAUAUAUGAAGGAACAUGCCGUGAUGUGUUUGAAGUUCCUACUGGAGAAUAACAAGGAAAAUCAGAAGAUCGUUGAGGAACUCGAGGCUAGAGAAGUUGUUAGAGAUGAAAGUGGUGUAUUGGCUAAGACGGGCCAUGAGGCCAUUGUUGAUAGUGUUGGGAAGUUGACGAUCCAAAAAGCGGUGCCUUCUUCGACGGCUUCGCAUGUGGUUGAAGAGGUUUUGGAUGAGUAG